UUUCCAGUUAAAAUUUCUUUCCCGAGGGUAUCUUCAGUUACCUUGUUAUAUUCAUUGAACAGCAUUGGAUCUGGUAUCGUUUUUUGCAGGCACGAGACUCGCAUUUAUGUGAAUUCUGCUUAGCAAUACAAAUCGCCCAGUUUUGUAUAAUAAAAUACACUUAUUUCUUCGUUAAAAAUCCGAUUUUUGUGACAUAAAAUAUAUAGUCAUGGGCGUGGAUGUGGAAGUUCUUUCUCCUGGAGAUGGCCAGACAUACCCGAAAACCGGACAAACCGUAGUUGUUCAUUAUACAGGUACUCUAGACAAUGGAAAGAAAUUUGACUCAAGCAGGGACCGUGGAGUACCAUUUAAAUUUAAAAUAGGUAAAGGAGAAGUUAUUAAAGGCUGGGACCAAGGUGUUGCUCAAAUGUGUGUUGGAGAACGAGCAAAGCUAACUUGCACACCAGAUUUUGCCUAUGGUAGUCGUGGGCAUCCUGGAGUUAUUCCACCAAAUGCCGUUCUUAUCUUUGAUGUGGAAUUAUUGAAAGUGGAACCUUGAAGAAUUUUCCAAGGUGUAUUAAAUUGAUUGCACACAUCAGAACCACAGAUAACUAAACGCUUCAAAUUGCAUUAUGUUAAGUAGUUAUUGCAUGAAUGGUAUGUCUUACAUACUGACCUUAAUUUGGUUGCUCAUAAAAACCAAAAGAGAAAAACGAGAGUUUGAUUCUGUUUUUUCCACGAUUGCACAAUUAUAUAAACUCCAAAUUACAAUUGUACAGAAACCAAUAAUGACCAAUGUGCGGUAUUAGAUUACAAAUUUUUACAUUUUUACAUCGUAACAUUAAAAUUUACAUUACUCGUUUUCGAGGCUAAUUGCAUUCCUGUUAUGAGUAAUUGAAUUAAAUCUUGAAGCAUCCAACAUGUAAUCUGACAUCUGUGUUCAUUCCAAUUACAUAGUACUUGAUAAACAAUCACUUGGAUAUUUUGUACAAAAUCUUUCAAUGAUCCAAAAGGAAAUAAUUCUACUGAUAAUGUAAUAGUAUGAACCUUUACACAGAAAAAUUCAAUAAAAAAGAUUGUCUUGUCAUCAA